GCAGGUGCCGCCCACAGAACCCUGGAGGCGGAUCAGCUGUGUCCCACCUGUCCUUACUUCCUGCCCACGUCCGUCGAGGUCACCACACCUGUGGGCAUCCCGGCCAACCUCACCUGCGGCGUCAGGCAGCUCGGGGACAAGAAGGUGUCGUGGAUCAGGCGCCAAGACCUGCACGUGCUGACCACAGGUAACUUCACGUACACGACGGACACGAGGUUCCGCGCGCUGCACCUGCCCGGCUCGCCCUUCUGGAGCCUGGAGGUGGACCGGCCCGCCAUCACCGACUCCGGCCUCUACGAGUGCCAGGUGUCCACGCAGCCCAAGAUAUUCCGCCGCUUCAGGCUCAGCGUUGUGGUCCCCAGCGCGCGCAUCACCGGCUCGAGGGAGAUCUUCAUGAAGGCGGGCAGCGACAUCAACAUCACGUGCGUGGUGAAGGGCGCCAUCAGGGGAGCGCCCGUCACCUGGUACCACGUGCUGCCCCGCGACCCACCCAAGGAGGAGCUGGUGGAGAUCAACGCCGGGGGUCGGGGCGGCGUGCAACUGGUGACGGACAAGAACUCGGGCACCAGCUGGCUCCUGGUCACCCACGCCACCUGGAGGGACGCCGGGAACUACACGUGCGCGCCCGUGCACGCCACGCCCGCCUCAGUGUCCGUCCACGUGCUCGACGAGGCUCCAGCCGAGCUCCAAAACGACCCCCAGCCGAGCCGGGCCCAGACGUCCACCCAAGGAACGCCAGGCCUCCCGCUGCUCCUACUGGGGCUUCACCGUGUGCUGGGGCGCGACGUGCCGAGAACCUGGUGCCUCUGGGUUUUCCUGGGGGCGUGUCUAGUGCACCCCAGCACCAUCAGGGGUACGAGUGGCCUUCAGGACGCCUCACAGACUAGUAAAGCAGCAGAAGGAUCGUUAACAGUCGUUGCGAGGGAUGGAAACAGAGUCCUUGGCGUCACUCUCUUACGAAAACAGGAGUUGGGAGGGCCCCAAACUGUGCGUGGAGCAAAUUAUCAACAGCAUCCCGAGUAACGACAGCAGCACCCAGCCGGUGGCUACAAAAGCUGCACGAAAGAUGCUCUCAGGCUGCCCCUAGAUGCCACCCCGGAUGCCGACCUGGUGCACCCCCUUGUACACCCCCUGGAGAGG